AUAUGAAAGUCUGUCAGUCAAGUCUUGAAAGCUCGUCAUGCAAGCGCCGCAUUGUAAAGAAAUACUUGUAAUUUCUGUGGAGUAUCUUUUUUAAACUUUUUAAACUCUUUUUUAGUAAUUUUCACUAUGACCAAGUGUAUGAGAAACAUUCAAAAUUUAAAAACCUACGUUUCUUCUCUUAUUUGUGAUGAUGACUUUCAGAAGUUUAAGCUACUAGGCCAGGAGCUAGGCGGCAACCUUCUCAUCAGCUGGCUUCACUACGAUGAACAUCAGAAUCCUGUCACUUCAAUUGGACUAUUGCACUCUGAAAACAACCAAUUGAAAUCUGUAUGCACCUUCCAAGGGAAAAUAAAUUUGAUUCAAGCUUCAAUCACCUUUAACAAGUCUUUUAUCUCAUUCGUAACCAAAGAAGUUAGGAACAGCGGCCGCACUUCAGAUGAAGAAAUACAAGAUGUUAGUAGUGAUUCAAACUCAGCUGAAAAGCAGCAAUACAGCGCAUUUUGUUUUAAAUUGGACGAAGAUUCAGCCGUUGCUCGUACCUUGGAUGACUCAGCUCUUAUCCUUCCGUCUCAGUCGCGACAAACAUUUGUUCAAUUCUUAUACCGCCAGAAACAACCUACAACAUCUGAACGACUUUUAGUUUUUACCCAUCGAGAAGCUGCGUCAAUAUAUGUGGUGGACUCAGAAAACUCAAGCCACGAGGUUGUAAGUUUGAAACUCAGUGAACUCUUGGUGCAAUCUUUCAUCUGGAUUCAAUGGGAUCAUGAUUCUCAGACUUUGUAUUACAUCAGCCAUAGAAAAGCACCAAAAUUUGAUAAUGGAACCCCAUCAAACGCUCCAAUCACACACAAACAAGAAGUGCCUCCGAUUCUGUCUGCACUCCAAUUUCAUGAUGAUCUACCAUUCGAAACUGUUUUGAACAUUCCAUUUACACUGCCAGAUCAAGUGAAUUUUAUACCUCCAUGCAAUACGUACAAAGAUAAUCCAAUACCGCUGAGAAUCAGUGACUGCUCAUUGAAUAUUUCUGUCGUCUCCAAUCCAAUGGGAGCUGUUGCAAUUUGUCAUCACUAUGUCUAUCAGCCGGUAACUUCAUCUUGCGAUAAAGCUCCUAUCGAACUCAAGAGUGACAGUGAAGUUUAUCUUGCCUAUUCCAUAAUUUUACUUCAUCAUGGAAAGUUGAUGCACUGUGAUAUUUCCGAUAUACCUUGGACAGUUGCUUCUUCUGUUCAUCCUGUCUUCUCCAUGCAAGAAGAUCAAUAUGUGAUAGUGUACGCACCAAACCUUUUUAUACACCUGUUGGACGUUGGCCUACACCACGAGCCAUGUUGCCAUAUUAUGUUACCAGCUGUGAACGCACAAGAAAGCUCCAGCUCUCAGCAACUGUCUGUGCUGAGUGGAAAUGUAAUAAUAGAUUGUGAAACAUUCAAUAUAAUCGAUCUACCUAUGUCUACCUCAGUUCUGGAGCAGUUUUUCAAAUCCCCAGAUACCACCGUGUUUAACAAGAUAUCCAUAUUGCACUAUUUUUUGGUACAUACAAAUUCCCUUGAUGUCAUUUCCAGGUUACUGGAUACGAUGGUCAGUAAUAUUUUGGACAUCAACAUAACAAAAAUGCUACAAGAAAUCUUGAUCGGUGGGACGUACAGUGCCGUUGGACGAAAUUUGUCUACCGAUGCUUUGCCCCUUACAAAAUUACUACCUCUCACCACAAAUCAAACAGGAUCACUGAAAUUUUUUCUGCCAGGAGAACACUCAGUCAUCAUAACGUACGAAGCGUUGAAUGAUCCCUCUGUAAUGUUACUGUCGCCCAGUCAAAGAGUUGUUCCUUACAGGGGUGAUAUGUGGACCAGACUUUGGGAUGCUAUUCCUGUUAAUCCAGUCUCUCGCUUUAAACCAUCAACAGUGGUCGACAAACUCACCGUAUCCUUAGUCUGUUAUCAGCCGGAGGCAUUGUCUCGCUGCUGCACUCCAUUGUCUCCUGGCACAGCUAUGGUCGGAGCUAGUGGAACUUUAACUGAUUUUGCUCAAAUGUCAGGCAACCUUCGCUCCAAUAGUAAAGUGGGCAUUGAUCCUCUUCCGUUUUUUGAGGUCAAAAGUAGCGCUGCCAGCAAGCAAGAACACGUCAUAUCCGUGAACUUGAGAGAGCUGAGCAUGUAUCUCUUGAAGAACUUCAAAGUGAGCGGAAGUUUCAGGAUUCGAGAAUGUCCGAUGCAGGUUCAUGCUGUUGCGACACGUUAUGCUGCUUGUCAGUUAGAUCUUUCUCGUUUUGUUUGUUCCUCACUGACCAAAGCCUCAGCCGUGAACACCUAUGUUGACCGUGGUCUCUCUUUAAUCGACUCAAUGAAACCAGCUCACAGAAGUGUCUUCUUCAUUGUCUUGGAGCGUUACGCACUGGCUGUGGAGCAGUUAGCGUACCCAUUCCCUGAAGGCUUCCCAUCGUUUUUCACUUAUCUAGGCUACAAAUCUCUGACCCCUGGCAUGUUCUUACAGUAUGUCCGUGCGAAUGUUCUUGAACUAAAUGUCGAUGUGAUGAAAGUCAUCAUGGCAGAUUUGCCAAAUAGUGCGAAUGAAUUAGCAAUGAAGCUCCGAUUACUGACUUUGCUCCCACGGUCAAGGGCGAAACGACUACUGAAUCAGUGGCACCACCCAAUCAGCCUCAUGCUGCGCGCCCGAGAACAUUCUCUCAAUGUCCUAUCUGGAGUUCAACUCUCGCAGAUGCACCAGUAUUCCCAUAAGAAGUUAAAUUUCACUCCUGGCAAAGGUUUACAAGUUCUCGCAUCACAUGAUAAAUCAUCACCCUUGGAUACAUUCUUCGAUUUGUUGACUGCAAAAGCGAAUCUGGCUGACUUGGACUUUAACUUACUGAUUGAAGCAACCUUAGCUUCACUUCAUGAUUUGUAGGAAUCAACUCAGUAACAUCAAUACUUUCAACGGUUUACAUUGAUAGGGCUGGUGAUUUUAAGAACACUGCUAUGUGCCAAUUUUUCUACGUAGUCAUACUUUCAAUUGAUUUUAUACAUUUUUUGCCAUUUUUUUAUGCCAUGUAACUAUUUCCUUGGAUAGGAAUAUAUUGCAAUAUGUUUCUUUUGUGAAAACUGAAUCGACCAGAAGGGUUUUUCACCUCAAAUGAAUGGUGCCUAUCUGGCUUCUACUCUUAUUGUGCUCCUGUUGAUGACCAAGAUAAUCCUUAUCUGAUUAAUUCUCUCUGGAUAGUUAGGUCCAAGCAAAUUGUGUCUGUUUUCCAAAAUUGUUGGACUGCUUAGAAAAGUAAACUAGGUAUGGGCACUAAUGAUUGAAUUUCUCAAUCGAUAGAAUACUUAAAAAUUUAUUCCACAAGAAAUCUCUGUGAUAGCUCAGAAGUAAAUUGCUGGAAGAUCGUAACAUUAAUUUUUCAGUGGUUUGUUUCUGAAAAUUCUCUCAACCCAAAAAAUUUACAGUUCAAAGGAAAAUUCAAGCCUAGUCCCUCAAAUAGCUAGGUUGGAAAUCAAAUAUUUUGUUCUAUCUUAAUUUUAUGGCUGCUUUACCCAUUAAUUAAGUGCAGCCACAAUCUCGUUAGAUUUUUUCUCUUUCUGCACAGAUGAUUGGAUCCUCUAAAAGGACUGCGUAGUGAUACAAAACCAUAUCUCGUUACUUGCUGUAUUUAUAUGAAUAAGGAACACUGUUUUUUCACAUUUUUGAUUCAUGUAGAUUUAAUUUUUUCUCUUUUACUUUUUGUGAUUUUUGUUUUUUUAUUUUUUAAGUUUUCCUUGACCUGCUUUCUACCCACUUGUUAUCCUCAGUCUCUGUCUGGAAUGUAUCAAGCGAAUCCAGAUAUUUCUUUUUGUUGUUCCUUCAGGUGUUGAUUCUCUUCAAUUUUCAUUUUCGUUUCAUUCAUGUUUGUUUGUUCGUUGUUUUUCCAUCAAAAUCAGGCGAAUAAAAUAUUUUUUUUGUUAUGUAAGAAUUGCUCUCAUUUACAUUUUCUCUCAAGGAACUCGUAAGAACUUCCUCAACAACAGCAAUUUUAUUAUCAGUCUCCUACGUUAACUAAAUUUUAGAGUUCCAAAAUUCAUGAAACUCAAUUUUAACUUUGCCGUCAAAAGUAGUUGUUGGUGGAUUUGAAACUUGUGUCUUAUGAACAUAACUCCGUGACAAAUUGAUGAAAUACACUUUUUAAAUUAUUAUUAAGCUCUCAUGAAAUGAACUUCUUUCUUUACUCUAAUGAAUCCAUUUACGCUGGGAUUUAAUCGUAGGUAUGUUAUGUUACUUUGAGCGUGCCAUCCCCACCAGCCUCUUGUCAUUGUUUGGACGUGAGCCGCAAAAUCAAAUUACCCGCCCUUCACAUUUUGUGCUGAAGCCCUCCGUUCAUUGGUUGAGAGAUGCCAAGGUCGUAUGAGUCAUAACGUUAUCAGUAUCAGCUGAUAGACGGCCAUCUUGUUAUGAUAGAAAUGAAAAGUGGCCUCUGCUUAUGCAUUUCACCUUUUUCAGAAUUACUUUAAAUUUUCCUAAAGUCUGAAACUGAGCAUGUAGUUUAUAGUCAAAACUUUCCUACCGUGCCUCUCUGAAGUAUAGCUGUGAUAGAUUUUGUUGUGUAGCUCCCUUUUAAUUAAAUAUGUUUCGUAAGUUGUGCUCUGCUGUUACUCUCUUUCCUCAAUUUCUCAGAGCUGAGCAAUCAGCAAUUUCUGCACCCCUAGUCUCGCUUUGUCGUUGUAAUAAUGGUAGACCCAUGGACUCAAGGUAUUUCCACGCCUCCGCGUUGCGUCUGGAUAAAUCCAGGAAGGAGAAACGAAUAAAAGUACCUCUGGACGAAGGAACCGAAGGUGAAGCCAGAGUCGGCAUUGACCCAGCCCGAGCCAAGAAGGGCGAUCCUUUUCCAACAGAAGAAACAUAUGAUCAACUUUUUAAUGGAAUUCCCUUUAAGAAUGUCCCUGUCUGCAGUAUUAGGGUGUCCAAAAACAAUACAAUUUUCGCCCUUUGUCAGAUGGAUGGAACUGGGCAGUUGAUUCGAUCCUGUGGAAUUGAGGGCUUUAAAAAUGCACGGAAAGGCACCAACAUAGCUGCUCAAGCAACUGCUAUCACUUUUAGUCAA